AUGUUCUGCUCUAUCUGGUCACUAUUUGAAUUUUAUAAUACCCGUGACGCUGAGUCACCUUGUCCUAUCAGGAAACAGAAGAGCUAUAUGUUACCCUCCAGUGAAGAACUCCACUCACUUCCACAAACACCUGAAGGACGAAAGAAACUUCUGAUCUUCCUGGAAACAAAAGAGAUGAUUCUGCCACUGGUGUUUCUGUGUCUUACAGCUGUGCUGCCUCCAUCUACUGGAGAGGAACCUGAAGGUUUUGACGCUCUGUCAACUAGCAAAGCAGAUCAGCAAAAGCUGAUUAUUGACAAACAUAACGCCCUCAGGAGAGGAGUAAAUCCAACUGCCAGCAACAUGAUGAAGAUGCUAUGGUGUCCUCCGGCUGCAAAGAAUGCCCAAAAUUGGGCCAAUCAAUGUACUUUAAAGCACAGUCCUGAUAACAUGAGGAGAACCACUGUACAAUGUGGUGAAAAUCUCUUCAUGUCGACUGCCCCUUCCUCGUGGUCAGAUGUUAUUCAGGCCUGGUACAGUGAGGAGAAAAAUUUCAAAUACGGUACUGGAGCAAAAACACAAGAUGCUAUGAUUGGCCAUUACACUCAGAUCGUUUGGUACAAUUCUUAUCAAACUGGAUGUGCUGUCGCUUUCUGUCCCAACAGUAAAUACAAAUACUUCUAUGUCUGCCAGUACUGCCCCAUGGGGAAUCUACUAAGUUCAAUUCAGACACCUUACAAAACAGGAGAACCCUGUGGUGACUGCCCUAGUGCUUGUGAGAACGGACUAUGCAAAAUGCAUCUACUAACUGCAAUCAUUUUCCUGGCUGCUUUGCUACACCAAUCUGAUGGACAGGGUUUUCAGUAUAAACAAAUGGACAUUUCCUCUCCUCAUGUUCAGUUUCAAAACCAAAAACAGAUCCUUGAGAAACACAAUGAGGUACGAAGAUCUGUAGUUCCCACGGCCAGGAACAUGCUGAAGAUGGUGUGGAAUGAGAAAGCUGCCAAAAAUGCUCAGAAAUGGGCAAAUAUGUGUGGGAUGAAAAUCAGUCCAAGAGAUCAGAGAAUCAUUAAUGGUGUCACCUGUGGUGAGAAUGUAUUACUAUCAUCUAACCCAAAAACAUGGGCUGAAGUAAUUCAAGUCUGGCAGAGUCAGUCCUCCAAUUUCAAGUAUGGAUUUGGAGCAACUGCGAAAAAUGUCAAUAUUGAGAACUAUACUCAGUUAAUCUGGUACAACAGUUACCAGAUCGGAUGUGCAGUUGCCUACUGUCCUAUGAAACAAUUCAACUACUUUUAUGUUUGCCAAUACUGCCCUGCAGGAAAUAGGGCAACGGAAAUAGCUACACCUUACAAAAGCGGACCAAAAUGUGCUGACUGUCCUGGCCACUGUGACAAAGGGCUUUGCACCAAUCCUUGCAACUAUCGAGACUUAUUUGAAAACUGCAGAAAUCUGAAAACCUUGUUUGGCUGUGGCCAUUCACUGGUGAUGAAGAAGUGUCCUGCUACCUGUACAUGCACCACUCAAAUCAUAUAA